GGCAGUUUUUAGACAUGACUAUACCAAAUCCUGUUCUGUACCAGCAUGGAAAAAUGAAAAUAAACAAAUUGUAAUAACGUGAAUUUUUGGGAAUUGCUUUUGAAAAUGAACUUGGAGCUUUUAGAAUCCUUUGGACAAAAUUACCCCGAAGAAUUUGAUGGUACACUAGAUUCACUUUCCAUUGCUUUAACAUGUGCUUUUAAUAAACGCGGGACCUUACUUGCUGUUGGUUGUAACGAUGGACGAAUUGUCAUAUGGGACUUUCUUACACGGGGCAUAGCAAAAAUUAUCUCGGCCCAUGUACAUCCAGUUUGUAGCAUCAGUUGGUCCAGAAAUGGGCAUAAGAUUGCUUCUGCUUCGACGGAUAAUACAGUUUGCAUAUGGGAUGUUUUGCAUGGCGAGUGUGAACAAAAAUACAGAUUUCCUUGCCCUGUUUUGAAGGUGCAAUUUGAACCAAGAAAUUUGGAAAGACUGUUAAUUUGUCCAAUGAAACAUGCCGCUGUAUUAGUUGACACCAAUGGAGGACACCAAGUUUUGCCUAUAGAUGAAGAUGGGGAUCUGAACAUAGUAGCCUCCUUUGAUAGGAGAGGGGACUAUGUGUACACGGGCAAUGCCAAAGGAAAAGUCUUGGUGUUGGACUCAAAAUCCUUAGAAAUUAAGGCCAGUUUCAGAAUUAUGCUGGGCACCUCCAGUGCAACAGCUGUCAAAAGUAUAGAAUUUGCAAGGAGGGGAGACUGUUUUUUAAUAAAUACAGCGGACCGAGUGAUUAGAGUUUACAACAGUAAGGAAGUUCUGGCAUGUGGGAAAGAAGGUGAACCAGAACCAAUUCAGAAGCUACAAGAUUUAGUAAAUAAAACAAUGUGGAAAAAAUGUUGCUUUUCUGGUGACGGGGAGUAUAUUUGUGCUGGCUCAGCUCGGCAACAUGCGCUCUACAUUUGGGAAAAAUCGAUAGGCAAUUUGGUUAAAAUUUUGCAUGGAACCAAAGGUGAACUUUUAGUGGAUGUUGCAUGGCAUCCAGUCCGACCUAUUAUUGCCAGUAUUUCGUCAGGUGUUGUGAGUGUGUGGGCCCAAAAUCAGGUUGAAAAUUGGUCGGCUUUUGCGCCCGACUUUAAAGAGCUUGACGAAAAUGUAGAAUAUGAGGAGAGGGAAAGUGAAUUUGACAUCACGGAUGAGGACAAGUCUGUUGCCAGUGGCGGCGAUGCGAAAGAGGAUACGGAUUUGGAGGUGGACGUGUGUGCCAUAGAACCUGUCGCCGCGUUUUGCAGUUCGGACGAAGAAGACGGCAACAUGGAUUGUCUACAGUUUUUGCCUAUAGCGCCCGAGAUCGAAGAUCCAGAGGACAACUGGAACGCAGUGGACUCGAAUCUGGCUCCGUCUGGCCAAAGCAACGGGCCCCCUCCGGCGAAGAAGAAGAAGUACAAGUCGUACGACAUCGCGUUGGAAAACGUCAGCGAUGGAGAAGUGCACCCCUUGUUAAGCAAUAAAUCUAAGGAUAAACACAUAGGAGGCGUAAAGAAGGGAGUAGGAAGGCCCAGAAAAUGAGUAGUUCUUUGCUUUCGGCUUAAACAUUGUGUGUGUUUCACCUUUUUUUCUUCCUA